UAGAGGAUCUCUUCAUUUCUUGGGGAAAUGGUGUCUCUGUGAGCAGUCAACUUUGUCCAACCCCAUUCUUUUGCAAAAAGGUUGACUCUGACUUCCCCUUCUUCAACCAAAUUCAACUCUCUUCAUCCUUCCCACCGGAUUUCUCUCCAUGAUUCUUCCAUUUUUCAAUUCCUUCUUAUCCAAUUUUUUUUCUUUUCUUCGCCGGCGAUGCCUCUGAUCGUAACUUCAAUUGCUUCUCCGACUUCGACUUGCCUUUGCUGAUGUGGAACUACUGGGAGGUACUUUGAUGGACUGAAUUUUGAUGGGAUUUUGCUGGCACCAAGGGAAAUAGAGCUCGCGCGACUUUUCUCACUGGAUGCUGUUUGAAGUCAUACUUAAUUCAUCCUUUCAUUUUGUUGACCUCGUUUUUUCCUUAUGAGUCUGUUGGGUUGUUUUAGUCAUUUGAUCAACUGGGCAUCAUAGAAUUUGGCUUUUUCGCUUACUGUGCUGGCGAAUGACUGAACUCGGUUUGUUGAAAUUUGGAUAUGAACUGACACAGGAUUCGGCUCAGCUUGAUGAUCGGGAUGGAAUGAAUUGAUUUAAAUAGUCUUAUAGCUUUUGUAGUGUUUGGGUUUUAAAGAUGGCUUUUCUUCUUGUUAUGUCGUCGAUAAUGGCUUCCAUUACGGCCGUUUUGUUGGUGCAAUCGUCAGGAGUAUUUGCUUCUGAAUUUAUGAUGGAAUCAGGGGGUUCAAGAGGUAAUCAGAUUCCCUGUUCAGUUUCGAAAGGUUGUGACCAUUGUUAUUUCAUGAAUGGGAUUCCUAUGGACAAAAUUGUGUUCUGUAAGCUACUGCAGUUCUUGCGUGGAUAUCCUUGCAUAUUUGAGAAUUCGAGGGGAAGUGAUGAUGGCCGUUGGGAUAAUUCAUUCUCUGGUAUAAGAGUUAAAGUAUCAAGGAAACUGUUAAAAGAGCGGAAGGAGGAACACAUUAAUCUUAAAGAUGGACAAUAUCUUCCUCAGAGAGCAAAAGAAGAUCCGAAAUCUUUUGCAACACCCAGAAACAUUGGAAUUGCAGUAACUGGAACUUUCAUUUUAUGUUGUGGUGUCCUCUGUCCUUGUUUCUAUCGAAAGAGGAGACGUUCUGUUCAAAAACUUACAGAAGAACAACAAUCAGUGCAUUUAGCCUCCACCAUUGAAGCAAUGAACUCUGCUCAUGAGAAAAUUCUAGCCAGUCCACUUCGGGUACCACCUAGUCCUAGAUAUUCUCCAUCUCCAAAACUUAAACGGCUUGGAUCUGUUCAUCUUAACAUGAGCCAAGUAGUUAGGGCAACUCAGGAGUUCUCACCAGCUCUCCGCAUAGGCGAAGGAGGUUUUGGAACUGUCUACAAAGCAAAACUAGAAGAUGGGCAGAUAGUUGCCAUAAAACGUGCAAAAAAGGAACAAUUUGAGAAUUCAAGAACUGACUUUGGCAGUGAAGUAGAAUUACUGUCCAAAAUUGAUCAUCGGAGUUUGGUUAAACUGCUAGGUUACGUUGAUCAUGGAAAUGAGCGCCUCAUCAUUACGGAAUAUGUGGGAAACGGAACUCUUAGAGAACAUUUGGAUGGUGUGCAUGGGAAAGUAUUGGAUUUUAAUCAGAGACUUGAAAUUGCAAUUGAUAUUGCUCAUGGACUAACUUAUCUCCAUCUAUAUGCAGAGAAGCAAAUUAUUCAUAGAGAUGUGAAAUCUACCAACAUUCUUCUUACCGAAAGCAUGAGAGCGAAGGUGGCGGAUUUCGGAUUUGCAAGGCUUGGCACAUUGGGAACUGAACAAACGCACAUUUCAACCCAAGUGAAAGGAACAGUUGGUUACCUUGAUCCGGAGUAUAUGAAGACCUAUCAACUUACCACUAAGAGCGAUGUCUACUCAUUUGGGAUUUUACUCGUAGAAAUUCUAACAGGACGCCGCCCAUUGGAAGUGAAGAGGCCUCCAGAAGAGCGGGUCACCAUAAGAUGGGCUUUCAACAAGUAUAGUGAAGACAAAUUUCUGGAAACCUUAGAUCCUUUAAUGGAGGAAACUGUGGAUGCAGACAUUGUCAUCAAAAUGUUCGAAUUGGCAAUCCAAUGCGCAGCACCAGUUCGAGCUGACCGUCCAGACAUGAAGUUAGUUGGGGAGCAGCUAUGGGCAAUAAGAGCAGAUUAUAUAUCACAGAAGAAGGAUAAAGCAAGGUUGCCUUAAAAGAUGUGCGAUUCCAUUAAUUUACCAUAUCAAUUUGUUGUUCACCUCCAACAACACGAGUCUGUUCCACGCUUGUAUUUUACAUCUUCAACCUUGUUUAAAUCACCUAUUAAUUCAAUGUUGUUUUUUCCCCUCAGUUUCCUUGUUUCAACAUAUUAGUUUUUUGUAUAUUUCAAACCUAUCAACAUCCCCUUUCGACUAUUGUAUAAAAGGAACUUACAUUCCCCAUUGUAUAAGAUUGUGGUCUUGCUUUCA